UGUUUAAUUACCGAAGUUUCAGUCCUCACUUGAUCGUCAUUCAACUCACUUCGGUUAUCCGUUCUUCUGACUACCAAUACCUGUUUUAUUAGUCGUUGCAAAAAAUUAAUAACCAUUUAUUCAAACUAAAUGAAAUUUUUAUUUAUUUGAUAAAUAUAUUAAUAUUUAAUUGAUUAAAGUUCAAAAUUUUUGUUUUCGUAACUGUAAAUUGAAUUUUAGUUAAAUUUUAAGGAUAAGCUAUUGAAAAUGACAUUGAUGAAAGAUCGAGGUGAGAUGGAAAAAAUGAGGCUGGAAACAGAGAAUGGAGAUGUUGAAGAAAUAAGUGAAAUUACUGAAUUUUUUAAUGGAUGUAAUGUACUUGUCACGGGAGGUUCCGGAUUUGUUGGAAAACUACUUGUUGAAAAAUUAUUACGAGCUUGCCCAAAAUUGCAGACAAUAUAUCUUUUAAUACGUUUAAAAAAAGGAAAAUCACCAAAAGAACGUUUCAAGGAACACUUUGAAGAUCCGCUUUAUGAUAGACUAAAAUCUGAACAGCCUGAUUAUACAACAAGAGUCACGAUGAUUGAAGGUAGUAUAGAAGACAAAGGUCUUGUGUUGGCUCCAGAAACUCGAGAGAGACUUAAAAACACUCAUGUUGUGUUUCAUGCUGCUGCAACUGUACGAUUUGAUGAUAAAUUAAGAUUUGCCGCUAAUAUCAAUGUUCGAGGAACAAGAGAUAUUCUUCUUUUUGCUAGAGAAAUGCCCAAUCUGAAGGCUUUCGUUCAUAUUGGAACUGCUUUUUCAAUGUGCGUGACUAAAUUUAUUGAUGAAAUAUUCUAUAAAGCUACUAUAGGAGCUGAUGAUUUGUUGACUAUCGUUGACAUACUUGAUGAUCCAACAUUAGAGUAUUUGACUCCUAAGUUAAUAGCAGAUUGGCCCAAUACUUAUGCAUUUACAAAAACAGUUGCUGAAGAUGCUGUGUUGAAGCACAGCAAAGGUUUACCAGUUUGUAUUGUUCGUCCAGCUAUUAUGAUAUCAACAGCACAUGAACCUGUUCCCGGGUGGAUCAAUAAUCUUUAUGGACCUACUGGUGUAACAAUUGGGGCUGGAAUGGGUCUUCUUCGUACACUUCACUGUGAUACUAAUUGUAUAGCAGAUAUAAUACCAGCUGAUUACGUUAUCAAUAACAUUAUUGCAGCAGCGUGGGAUAUUGGAACGCGAAGACGAAUGAACCCAUCACGUGCUUUAUCAACCUCUCAGCAAGGUGAAUCUAACGAAAGUUCAGCAGAACUUGAAGAAGAAAAGCCACCAAUUUAUAAUUGUGUAUCUUCUUGUCAAAAACCCAUUACUUGGGGUGAAUAUAUGAAAUAUAAUGAAAUUUAUGGAAUGAAUAUACCAUCCAUAUCGGUAUUAUGGUACUACUUUUUUACAUUGAACAAACUUUAUUGGGUGCAUCUCAUAUACGUAUACUUAUUUCAUAUGAUACCUGCAGUUCUUGUUGACUCAGUGUUAUGGAUAAUAGGAAAAAAACCUAUGCUUCUAAAAAUAUAUAAAAAAAUUCAUAAAUUUAUGCAUGUCAUAUCUUACUUUGCAAUGCAGCAAUGGAAAUUCCGGAAUGAUAAUGUUCUCAAGUUAUGGGAUAAAUUGAGUCCAGUUGACAAAGAAUUGUACCAAUUUAAUGUUUCAAAUCUUGAAUGGAAUAAAUAUUUCUGGGAUUACAUACGAGGUCUUCGAAUAUUCAUCAUUAAAGAUCCACUUGAAACAAUCCCUGAAGGAAAAAAACGAUACAGCAGACUAAAGGCACUUCACUAUACAUCACUGACAGUAGGAGGAAUAUUGUUGUUGUGGUUGGUGUACUUUUUACUGACAACUCUAGUAUCGUUUCUUUUAUAUUUUUGUCCAUAUUUUAACAAACAAUAGUUUAUAAUGCAAUUUUAGAACAAAUAAAAAAUGUCCAUAUUAGUAUAUUUACCUAAUAAUAAAUAAUAUUAACACAUUGAUUUUUUUUCUAAAGUGAAA